GCGGUAGCACACUAUCCAAACACAUUGUUUCUAAUUGAUCAUCAAAAAAGCUUUCCUAACAUGGCGAGUUGCUGUAGAUAUUCAGUGUCGGCUUUCACGUUGCUAUGCCUUUGUGUUUUCACGUUCCUCGUGGUUUUCUUUAACUACAAUCAUUUCAAUUCCUUCAUGAUCUUCUAUGCUCCAACUCUUGAAUCACCAGGAGCAAAAUUUGAGUUGCAGAGACUAAUCGUUUCUACUUCUGGUCAAAUCAGAGCCGUUAGUUCCAGCGGAUCAACUGAUGAUUAUCAUCACCUCAACCGAACCAGCACCGUUAUAAUAGAAACGAAGAAACGAAGCAGAGAACAAGUUUUAGAACAAGUACUAACCAGAGCUCAGAGCCGUCUUGUAAAUUUUAGUAGCCCUAUGCCAUAA